AUGUUAGUGCGCUUUUCAACAAAACAAAAAGAAAAUCUAAUUGUAAGAAAAAUCCUCAGUUACUUUUUGAAAGCUUUCAUAAAACCUUUAUCGAAACAAGACAAGAUGGUGAACGUUCCAAAAACCAGAAGAACCUACUGUAAAGGUAGAGAAUGUCGUAAACACACCCAGCACAAGGUCACCCAAUACAAAGCUGGUAAAGCUUCAUUGUUUGCUCAAGGUAAGAGAAGAUAUGACAGAAAACAAAAGGGUUAUGGUGGUCAAACCAAGCCAGUUUUCCACAAAAAGGCCAAGACCACCAAGAAGGUUGUUUUGAGAUUGGAAUGUGUUGUCUGUAAGACCAAGGCUCAAUUGGCUUUGAAGAGAUGUAAGCAUUUCGAAUUGGGUGGUGACAAGAAACAAAAGGGUCAAGCUUUGCAAUUCUGA